GAAUCUCCGCAGCUGUGCCGGCCGUGCCCGAGGGGAGCUGGAAUUGCAUCAGGUAGCCUCUUGCAAGGUGUGAGGGCCAUGAAGAAAUCUCGGUGGCUACGACCCCUCCGCCCCCGCAGAGAGGCCAGAGUGUCCUAGGAUCUGAGCUAGGCCGCUGUCCACUGGCCGCUGUCUGUCUGUGCCAUUGAGGGAUUGGUCAGGUGAGAAAGGACCAGAAGCCCCCACCCCCAGCCACACCUCCAGCUCUUCUGGCCACUGUAAGGUCUAGGCUUGUUCAUCUGGCUUCUGUCACACCGACCUCUCCUUCCAAAGCUGCUUUCGCCUCUCCAACCUCUGUGAACCAGAGCUGUGCAAUGGCAGAGAGUGGUGCAGAGGAGACAGUGUCGGCCGAGGCCUCGGGAUUCUCUGACUUUAGUGACUCAGAACUUCUUGGGUUUCUGGAUCUGGAAAGUAACCAAGAAUCAAGUUCUCCACUUGGCACCGCUGGCCCUUCUUCUCAACUCCCUGGAAAGGAUGGCAAAGAUGUAAGAUUCCCAACAGGGAAAAGAGAAUUGUAUAUCUCAUCACCUCUGGAGCGAUUCCAUCUCAAAUAUUUGUAUGUCACAGACCUGUGUACUCAGAACUGGUGUGAACAACAAAUGGUGUAUGGGAAGGAGCUCCCUCAACUCUUGAGUUCUGAGAAGGAAGACCUUUUGAACACCGGUGCCAGCAUCCACCUGGCUAGAGAACUCGAAGUUCAUGAUCUUGUGAAUGUCUCUAUCACCUCUAAAGAAGAUGCGUGGGCAGUUAAAUUUCUGAACAUAUUAUCAAUGGUUCCUUCCCUGCAGUCAGAGCGACGCAUCCGAGAAUUCCCCGUGUUUGGGGAGGUGAAUGGUGUGCUGCUUGUGGGAGUGAUUGAUGAACUGCACUAUACAGACAAAGGGGAACUGGAACUGCUGGAAUUAAAGACACGCAGGUUCCCUAUGCCCCCUCGGGAAGCUCAGAAAAAAAAGGACUUUUUUCAAGUCAGCCUAUACAAAUAUAUCUUUGAUGCCAUGGUACAAGGGAAGAUGACUGCUGCACGCCUCAUCCACCACACAAAGUUGCAUCCGGAACGGCCCCUGGGACCUUCAGUGCUGAAGCAUGCCCAGCAGGGAGGCAUCUCUGUGAAAUCCCUGGGGGGCCUCAUGGAGCUGGUCUUCUUAUCCCUAACCAUGUCUGACCUCCCAGUUAUUGACCGCUUGAAAGUUGAAUAUGUUCACCAAGAGACUUCCGCUGUGCUGGAUACAGAGAUUGUGCCCUAUGAGGAAAAGGAAGUGCAAGAAAAAGUGCUGCACUAUCUGGCCUAUUGGACAGGCCAGCGAGGACCUAAAGGGGUAGAUAUAGAGGAGGCUUGGAAGUGCCGGACAUGUAAUUAUUCAGAUAUCUGUGAGUGGCGGAAAAGUGGGAGAGUGCACGUCUCCCCACUAGAGCCCCCAACCAAAAAAGCCAAAUGAGCAGAACAAACACACUUUCAGAA